CAGAUGACGUCCUCCACCAAGGUGUACUACAGCCAGACCACGCAGACGGACAGCCGCCCGCUGAUGGGGCCGGCGCUGCGGCGGCGCCGGGUGCUGACCAAGGACGGCCGCAGCAACGUGCGCAUGGAGCACAUCUCGGACAAGCGCUUCCUGUACCUCAAGGACCUGUGGACCACCUUCAUCGACCUGCAGUGGCGCUACAAGCUGCUGCUCUUCUCGGCCACCUUYGCCGGCACCUGGUUCGCCUUCGGCGUGGUCUGGUACCUGGUGGCCGCGGCGCACGGCGACCUGCUGGAGUUCGAGCCGCCGGCCAACCACACGCCGUGCGUGAUGCAGGUGCACACGCUGACCGGCGCCUUCCUCUUCUCGCUCGAGUCGCAGACCACCAUCGGCUACGGCUUCCGCUACAUCAGCGAGGAGUGCCCGCUGGCCAUCGUGCUGCUGAUCGCCCAGCUGGUGCUSACCACCAUCCUGGAGAUCUUCAUCACCGGCACCUUCCUGGCCAAGAUCGCGCGGCCCAAGAAGCGCGCCGAGACCAUCAAGUUCAGCCGCAACGCSGUGGUGGCGCAGCACGACGGCAAGACGUGCCUGAUGGUGCGCGUGGCCAACAUGAGGAAGAGCCUGCUGAUCGGCUGCCAGGUGACCGGCAAGCUGCUGCAGACCCACCUGACCAAGGARGGCGAGAGCGUCCGGCUCAACCAGCUCAACGUGGACUUCCAGGUGGACACGUCCUCGGACAGCCCCUUCCUCAUCCUGCCGCUCACCUUCUACCACGUGGUGGACGAGGCCAGCCCGCUGCGGGACGCGUCGCUGCGCUCGGGCGACGGCGAUUUYGAGCUGGUGGUCAUCCUGAGCGGCACGGUGGAGUCCACCAGCGCCACGUGCCAGGUGCGCACGUCCUACCUGCCCGAGGAGAUCCUGUGGGGCUACGAGUUCACGCCGGCCAUCUCGCUGUCGGCCAGCGGCAAGUACGUGGCCGACUUCAGCCUCUUCGACCGCGUGGUCAAGGUGGCGGCGCCGUGCUGCCGGCGCGAGGCCGGGCCGCGCUUCGGUGACCCCGACAAGGUCAAGCUGGAGGAGUCGCUGCGCGAGGCCGAGCGCGAGGCCGAGGGRGCCCCGCUCAGCGUCCGCAUCAGCAACGUCUGAGGGGACGGCGGUGAUGGCACGGUGGCACCGGGAUGAGGGUGACAGCGGCAUUGUGGUGGCACCGGGGUGGCACCGGGAUGAGGAUGACAUCGGCAUU